AAAUUCUACCAUAGCUUACCGCGCCAUUUGAAUUUUAAGAUACACGUUUUUUUGUACACCGAAAAGAUUCAAUAUGACUUAUGACUUUCCAUUAAAACCAUGGGAAAGUUGUUUGUCAUUCCUGAAGGAGGAUUACCAGAUACGUGUGGAGGAGAUGGAUUUCAGGAAACCAGAUGCAAACCGAUGGCAGAAUAUCUACUGUCAACUAUUGGAACUUAUGACUGAAGUACCUGUGGACAGUAUCAUACAGAAAGCCCUUUUCCAAUCAUCUCAGUGCUUUGAACACUCAGAACUGUACGAAGAGACCAUGCCCCUGAUGAUCGUCACCUUGGCUUUGCAGCGGUUCCUUGUGACAUGUGGCAUCUUGGACUUCAGUGUCAAGGAUCUACAGGCACCAACACCUGGAAGAGUCACAAAGAUCUGCAGUGCUGUCAUCAAUUUCAUGUUAUUCAGAAAUAAACAGAUGGAAGUUUUUCUGAAUUUGAAGGAAAAAAAUGAGAAAUUCCGGGAACAACAUGAGGGUCUCUUACAAGCUAAUGAGGAUCUAAAGCGAAAGAUAAAUGCUAUCAAGACAGAAAAGGCCAAGCAGGAGCCCGCUAUACGAUCUAUUCAAGAAGAAUAUGAACAACUCCAAACUGACUUACAGGGGAAGAUGAAGAUCAAAGCUCAGCAGCAACAACCAAUCAGUGAGCUGAGAAUCACGAUAGCAGAGAAGAAAUCACAGUUGGAUCAAGUACGUAUGAUGGCAGCCAAAGCAAAAGAAGAUGGGGAAGUUGUAUCCAAAAAAAUUAUCCAGUCACCAGAGCGUGUAAUGGCAGAGGAAGACAAAGCUCGUGAAGGGCUAGCUAUUCUCAAAGUCACUCUGGAGCGCAAGGUUGGGCGUCUCAUGGAGCUGCAGCAACAAGUCGAGGGUGUACGAGCGUCGGAUAACAAUGUAGGAAAGGCCUACAGAAUGCUGCAGGAUGUACAGGUGGACAUUGAGAGGGAAAAUGAGAUCUGUAAAGAAAUCCAGAACAUCAGUGACAAGAUACAGGAGCAAAAAAAUCACAUGAGUGAUUUUUCAUCCAAGAUAGACCAACUCAACCACCUGGUUUCUAAUCGACAGGAAAAAAUGUCAAAAUUAAACCUUCAACAUCAGCAGAAAAUGAGGGCUACACAGGAAAGCAUGCAACAGCUGAGGGAAGAAAAAGAAUUUCACGAGAAGAAAAACAGUGACGACGAGAAGAAGAAGAAUUUGGUUGUACAUGACAAACAGAGGUUACAACAGGAGCUGAGGAAGGAGAAACAGUUACUGGAGGAAAAAAUCAACUUAGCACAGAAUGCUUACCAGGAGAUGAUGCAUACGGUUGAUGAUUACCAUGCAGCUAUAGGAAAAGGCUGGGAAUCACUCAAACAGGAAAUGAAUGGCUCUUGAACCUUCCUUGACUUUAUCAUACCUGUCUGUUCACUGAAGGGCAUUGAUUUCUGACCAGAAUGUUACCUCCAAUGUGAAAUGGUACAUUAUGCCAUGUUACUCGUCUACAGUGGCAUUGUGAGCAGUCUUCAUUUGUCAUCUGUAGAAUUGUGAACUUGGACUGUUUUUUAUUUCUCAUUUGUCAUCAUUGUGAACUCUAGUGUGAGGCAGUGGACCACAUCUUCAAGUGAACUAGAGAACUGACAUACAAUAGGAUCUUCAACAAUUCAAGUGAACUGGAGAACUGA